ACACUCAACUCCACUGUAUUCCACGUGCUCCUUCAUCCUAUACCGUCCGAUGAGCUUACUUUGACUUUCUUCUCCCAAUCAGAUUGCUUAAUCUCAAUUCGCGCCUCACUCCAUAAAUACAAAUCUCUUAUCGUCCUCCCUCCACACUCUAUCUAAACCCUAGAAAAAUGGCGGAAUCAGCCGGAGUGGUGGCGGUUUACGGCGAAGGAUCCAUGACCGAGACGAAGCAGCAAUCUCCCUUCUCCGUCAAGGUCGGCCUCGCUCAGAUGCUCCGCGGCGGCGUGAUCAUGGACGUCGUCAACGCCGAGCAAGCGCGAAUCGCCGAAGAAGCCGGCGCCUGCGCCGUCAUGGCUCUCGAGCGCGUUCCCGCCGAUAUCAGAGCGCAAGGUGGCGUCGCGAGGAUGAGCGAUCCGGAGAUGAUCAAAGAGAUCAAACAGGCGGUUACGAUUCCGGUCAUGGCCAAAGCUCGAAUCGGCCACUUCGUCGAGGCGCAGAUCCUCGAGUCCAUCGGAGUCGAUUACGUCGACGAGAGUGAAGUCCUCACUCUCGCCGACGAGGACAACCACAUCAACAAGCACAACUUCAAGAUACCGUUCGUUUGUGGAUGCAGGAACCUCGGGGAAGCCUUGCGGCGGAUCCGCGAAGGAGCCGCGAUGAUAAGGACCAAAGGAGAGGCCGGGACGGGGAACGUCGUGGAGGCCGUUAGGCACGUGAGGAGCGUGAUGGGAGCGAUAAGGUUGCUGAGAGGCAUGGAUGACGACGAGGUGUUCGCUUACGCGAAGAAGAUCGCUGCGCCUUAUGAGUUGGUUAUGCAGACGAAGCAGCUCGGGAGGUUACCGGUGGUUCAGUUCGCCGCCGGAGGGGUCGCGACGCCGGCGGACGCGGCGCUGAUGAUGCAGCUGGGGUGUGAUGGAGUGUUCGUUGGGUCGGGUAUUUUCAAGAGUGGAGAUCCGGCGAAGCGUGCGAAGGCGAUUGUGCAGGCGGUUACGAAUUAUAGAGACGCGGCGGUGUUGGCGGAGGUGAGCUGUGGGUUGGGUGAAGCUAUGGUUGGUAUCAAUUUGGAUGAUAAGGUUGAGAGGUUCGCGAACCGGUCUGAGUGAACCAAUCACAGAAUUCAAAUGUUUUUAUUUCGGUUUAAAUUGGUUAUGAAUAUGUAAGAUUGGGAUUCGCUCGCAUUCGUGAGCUAUAUGUCAUGUUUGGGUCCCACUGGGCUUUGUUAUUAUAAUUCAGUUAUGUCUUGUUUCUUUCA